AGUGUUGUUGCGAAGCACUUUUAUUUCUAUUUUCUCUGUUCUUUAUUUUUAAGCUACUUUAAUUACGCACCCAGACCAAAACCUUUAAGGACAAAUUAUUUCUUCUAGCAGAUGGACGGUGUGUGCGCGCGUGUGUGUGCGCGUGUGUAUGUGUGUGUGUGUGUGUCCUCCUCCAGCCCCUCCCCCCUCUCUCCUCCGGAGCCUCGGAGGCGCACACAGACGCGACUCCAGCGCGCUGCAGCUCCGCGUCUCCGCAUUUCUCUCUAAUGUUUCUGCGCUUCCAGAGGACGAGCCGCUCUGCGCGUGCGUGUCUUUCCUCCGGUCCCUUCUCCGCUUCCCUCCCGGCUCCUCUCAUGCCACCGCCAAGGCGCUGCUGGAUAAGCGGCGGGUUGUGAUCGACCGAGUAGCAUCUCGAUGAACAUGGCGUGCAUCGGGGACGCAGACCCCUUCACUGCUGCGAUACCCGCCACCAAAGUAGAACUGACGGUCUCCUGCAGAAACUUGCUGGAUAGAGACACGUUCUCCAAGUCUGAUCCAAUCUGCAUCCUGUACACACAAGGAAUAGCCAACAGGGAGUGGAGAGAGUUUGGGAGGACAGAAGUCAUAGACAACACCCUCAACCCCGACUUUGUCCGCAAAUUCAUCCUGGACUAUUUCUUCGAGGAGAGGCAGAACCUUCGCUUUGACCUGUACGAUUUAGACUGCAAGAGUGACAACCUCUCUAAACAUGACUUCCUGGGCCAGGCUUUCUGUACAUUGGGUGAGAUAGUCGGCUCCCUGGGAGGGCGCUUGGACAAACCUUUGAUAGGGAUCCCAGGAAGAAAAUGUGGGACCAUCAUAGUGAGGGCAGAAGAGCUGAGCAACUGCAGGGAGUCGGUUAUGUUGCAGUUUUGUGGCAACAAGCUGGAUAAGAAGGAUUUCUUUGGAAAAUCGGAUCCAUUUCUAGUUUUCUUCCGCAGUAAUGAAGACGGAUCGUAUACUAUCUGCCACAAAACAGAGGUGGUGAAGAACACUCUGGAUCCAGUGUGGCAGGCUUUUAAAAUUCCUGUCAGGGCGCUGUGCAAUGGAGACUAUGACAGGAGCAUUAAGGUUGAGGUAUAUGACUGGGACAGAGAUGGAGGCCACGACUUCAUUGGCGAGUUCAGCACCAGCUACAGAGAGAUGUCUAGAAGCCAGUCCCAGUUCCACGUCUAUGAGGUACUAAAUCCCAAGAAAAAAGGGAAGAAGAAGAAGAAGUACCAAAACUCAGGAACGGUCACCCUCCUGUCCUGCCUGGUGGACACUGAGCUGUCCUUCUUGGACUACAUCAGAGGCGGGACACAGAUUAAUUUCACAGUGGCAAUCGAUUUCACAGCAUCAAAUGGUAACCCAUCCCAGCCUACUUCACUUCAUUACAUGAGCCCGUACCAGCUGAAUGACUACGCCAUGGCACUGCGGGCUGUUGGUGAGAUCAUCCAGGACUAUGACAGUGACAAGAUGUUUCCUGCACUUGGCUUUGGUGCCAAGCUUCCACCAGAUGGACGCGUCUCUCAUGAAUUUCCCCUGAAUGGUAAUCCACAGAACCCAUACUGCAAUGGCAUUGACGGUGUCCUAGAGGCCUAUUACCAGAGUCUGAAAAGUGUUCGUCUCUACGGACCCACACACUUCUCUCCCGUUAUUAACCAUGUGGCCAGGUAUGCAUCGGCGAUAACAGACGGCUCUCAGUACUUCAUCCUUCUCAUCAUCUCUGAUGGUGUGAUCACAGACAUGGCGCAGACCAAGGAGUCCAUAGUCAAUGCUGCUUCUCUGCCCAUGUCCAUCAUCAUAGUGGGGGUGGGACCAGCGGAAUUUGAUGAAAUGAUUGAGCUGGAUGGAGAUGAAGAGAGGAUUUCAUCCCAGGGGCGGUACGCGGAGAGGGACAUUGUUCAGUUUGUUCCCUUCAGAGACUACAUCGACCGGAGAGGAAACCACAUCCUCAGCAUGGCUCGUCUGGCUAAAGAAGUGCUAGCUGAAAUCCCUGACCAGUUCCUUUCCUACAUGAGGACCCGUGGGAUCAAACCUGGCCCCUUGCCGCCUCCUUACACCCCGUGUCCUCCACCAGCCAUCCACCCUCUCCACACCAGAAGGGAAAAAGAACCACAUUUGGCGACCACGAAGCGGGAAGUAGAGGUGUGCUCUCCGGAUUCGGUUCACGAUCUGCGGAAACUUGACUCCGGGCCCCCUUUAUAGGUAAGAACAAUUUUUGUUCAAUUUUGGAGUUAUUUCCGUGGAUUGUGAGCUGGUCUGGGAGAAAAAAAAAAACAUGCCCUACUCAUAAUUUAGAAUAACAACAAGAGAAGGCGCUUGUCCAGAGCAGCGGUGAAAUUAUUCACACAUGUGUGAAGUCAGCUGAGUCAUUUUGAUGACGGACAAAGUUUGUGACAAAUUAAAAGCUGGGACAGCGAGAAUUGGAAUAGAAUUUGACAGCUGAUUAAAGUCCAGGGAGGACAAGUGAACGAGGUCGACAAUUGAGAUCCAGUAGGGUGCCUCGGUGAAGCCGGGCAACGACUGGGAUCUGAGAAAAAGCGCUGAAGUUGUGACAGAUAAGCUUGCCAGUAAUUCGGUUGAAUCCUCGGGGAUUGGUAAAUUUCAUGAGUUUUUGGCAAAGAUAUGUUUGACGUCAGAGUUUGCAGCAAAGUGGCUGUAAACAACUCUAGAGCUCAGAAAUUGUUUGUUUGUGUGAGUGUGUUUGUGAGAGAAGUUUUGUGGGUGGGACAGGCGUGUGAGAUAAGCGUGUGUGUGUGGAGGAGAUAAGAGUGUGUGCGAGUUGAGAAGUGGGUGCGUGAGUUGAGAAGGUGUGUCAGGCGCCAGAGAAUUAGAGGAAAAAAGAAAAACAAAGGAGUAAUACAGAUCAAUAUUGUUCACUGCAGUGCUAAAUUUUGAUGUUUAAUGUUAUACAAAUUUCAAAGUCUGUGAUCUUGUUCUGAUUAGUCUUUAAACAGAAAACCAGAAGUUAAAAUAAUUAGUUUUAGAGUGACAUAUAUAUAAAUAAAAAUAUAUGCUGAAGUGCACAAGCAUGAUAACUAUUUUUACCAGCUGGGUAAUGUGAAAUAUGAGAAAUAUAGAUUAUGAUUAAUAAAUAAAUAAUAAUGUUUA